AUGUCGGCUGUCUCGCUUAGGAAUGAUAGUUUUGCAUCGUCUCAGCUUGGAUCGCCCAACCCUGAGUCUUCGGUGACGAUGGAUUCUACGGGUGGGGCACAUGACGACGCUAUUCAAAAGACGCAAUUGCUAACCGAAGCACUGAAACCGAAUAAAACGAUCGGUCGGACGGAGUCUCCAUCAGGUCUUCGCUGGACCAAGUCCUUGUCCCGUCGUCGGUCGAAGAAGACAUUAAAACGUGCUAUUUCUAAUCCUCACCUUGUAUCUACUACACAAAACCUCGACAAUACCAUUGAUUUGGUAAACCUCCCCCAGAGUAAUACGUUACCACAGAAGGGUGUGACCAAUACCUCACCACCUCUUCCACCGCUACCACUUCCGUCCACCAAGCCAGUAUCGCCAUAUCAAGCAAGCAUGCAGAAGCCUCUAAGCUAUGACCGUGUCGCUGUUCCUCAGGCUAUGACAGAACCUCGUGGAAGUCCUCUUCCCACUAGUCCACAGCUAGAAGCCCAGCCACGUAUCUCGACACACAGUCAGGACAGCACAUCGAAGGCCUCUCGCAUGUCUGAACGAACGUCCCAUUCGUCUACCAAUACGACAAGGUAUGGUGCGAAGCUCGGCGACACUAGCACUAUCCGAUCACCUAAUGGAAGCUUUACUUUGGAAAAUGGCUUGCACUCUACCCCGAGUAAGCCCCCUUCGCAACUCAGUAAGGCUGACCCAGCUGCAUCUGUUCCUACAAUGGCAUAUAUGGCAGACAAUGCAUCUGACCUUUCUUUCGCAACAGCAGCCAAUGCACCUCCGUCUCCUAUGCCAAGUGCGAAAUACUCGGCUUCGUCCCCCACUAUAUCACACCAAACGCCCUCGCCUCGGGGAGCGCAUACACCUGUUUGGACUACCUCACCAAACACACCUACCAAGCCACCAGCCUCUCCUCCUGUCACCAAUGGGCCUCCUCGAUUGCUUUUGAACGAACUGAACAUCGAUAACGGCUCGUUCUGGAAUCUAGGCGAAGCAAAUAACGUCGCAGAAAAGCCAACACCUGCUCCAUCGGACUCUCACCACAGCACGUCAGACCCUCGUAUGACCCCAGACUCCUAUGUUGGCGUGGCUACGACAGGCGACUCCGUACAAACUGCCGGGCCUGCGCCCGUGUACUCCCAUGCGACAGUGGCUACUUCAAACUCAUCCUUCAGUGGUGUGCCUGAUGACCUAGUUCAAGCUAUGGGGUCUCAGCCUUAUAUGGGCGCCGACGAUUCCAUGUCAGCUUUACUGGGUCACCUUCCAUCCCAUUAUUCGACUGAUCACGCAUCGCUGGCAUCGACAAGCAUGCGUGAAUCGCGUAUUGGUGAGGUCAUUGCUUUCCCACAGGAGAAUGAUUCACACGUGACUCAUACUUCACCCCUACAACUAGUUAGUCCCAUGGGCGAACCAGUGAGUAAGGUCGAAGUGGAUUUGGCUCGCAGUGGUAGUGAUGCCACUGUCCGUGGCGGAAAUCACUCCCGCAAAUCGCACGAUACUAGUGUAUACGAUAUUUAUUUCUCGAAGUCUCGAGACGAUGACACGCGCAGCCCCCGCAAACCUGUGGCAGACAACUUCAAAGAAAUACAUAUGGGUUCACGACCUAUAACUACUCUCUACUCGGAUGUUCCGCCACAGCGUGAUAUGAAUUCAAUGCCGCGCGUAGGCAGCACAAUUAACCCUAUUUGGCAAGUCGUGGCUGGUCUGAAUGAUCGCUCUAGUGUGUACAGCGAAGCCGAGCCUUUGGCAAAACGUAUGAGUGAUCUGAGUAUGUUGUCACAACGAGAAGCAGCGCCUGUGAACAAUAACACAUCAAUCACGUCUCUUGCCACUGAACAAGAUAACCGAACUUUGUUCACUGAAGCCCGUGCUGCCAAGACAGAGUUUGUGCCCAUUGAACCACUGGCUCUAUCCAGCAAUUCCGCCCGGAUGCUGGAAAAGCUCCAUGAUGACGAGCGAUCGCUUAGCAGCACUGAGGACCUGGAACAGCCUGAGCUGGUUUCGGGCCAUCCAAGCACAGCCACAACGGCUUUACCAUCCAGCCCUCCAGAACCCACUGCACCUACGCUGCCAAAGCGCUCCUCGUCACCCAUCAUUGAACUCAAUGAUCAAGGGCUUCCUGUUCAGAUUGUGUACUACAAUGAUGAUGAGCUGCCAGAAAUAAUGGAUAAGAUCGCGAGUGGUAAUAACUCUGCGCGUAUUGAGUUCCGUCGUCGCAGCGCAUUCCCUGAAAUUGACGCUGCUCUUCGCAAGGAAGAGGAAGACAAGCAAAAAACGGAAUCGACGGAAGAUUCACAGUUUAACCGUGUUGAACAAAGCAUUCUGUCCUUGCUUCGUCCUACAUUCUCUUCGUUUGGUCUCGGCAGCACUGGCACUGGCUCAUAG